GCAUUCAUUCGAGAAAAUUCACAGAACGGGAAGGAAGGGCGUGUUUGGUCCUAAAAUUAAUUCUUAAUUCAGUCAACACUAUGCAGAUAAUACAAGAAAUGGCUGAAACCGAAGAAGUGAAAAUGAAGAAAACCCGUAGAGGAAAGCGAUGUGGUCGCCGAACGAGGCGAUGUGAGGAGAAUAGUUUUGAUGAAAUGGCUGACCCUUCCUGCAGUUCAAGCAUGGACACGAAAAGUGUGAAAGGGAGAAAAUUUUAUGUGAGACCAAGGUAUAGUCCCAAAGCUCCUCAUAAUUCCACACAGUUUAUAAUGGACGAUCAGCACCAUUGUUUGGUUAACAAUGAACACAUAUUUGAUUUCUCAAGGUGUGAUGAAAUGUCUAUGUAUUUCAACAAUGAAGACGCAUCACAAGGAAGUGCCCAGGGAUCUCCUCAUUCAGACUGCGAUUGCGCAAACUCCCAUUCAAGUGCCUUGGAGAACGAACUGAAUAAUUUGCAAUUAAAUGCAUCGCAAUAUAUGGCAAAUGACUUUGAGUCGUUUUACAAUCAGUUGAGAGCAGAAGAAUUGUCGAAGUUGUCCAAAGAUGAACUCGUAGACGAAUUAUUGUCUAUUGAAGAGAAAGUUUCUGAUUUCGAGGAGAAGAUGCAGAAAAUGCAAAGAAACACCGAUACAUUGUCCCCGCCAAAACAUGGACUUAAAACACCAGGAUUGGGGAACACAAAAUUACCACAGGAUGUGAAUGGGAAAGCACAGUCUAUAAACCAUAUGUCAAGUUUACUAAAAGAACUAGAAUUGCUAAAGCAGGAAAAUAGCAAACUAAAGCAGAAACAAGAUUCAUUAUUAUCUUCAUAAUUAACUCAUUUCAAUGUGUAAUCAAUCAUGUAAUUUAAGAUUUUGUUCUGCAUUUUCCCUGUUUUGUGAUAUGAUCAUGGAAGUAUCUCCACAACUUGAUAUGAUUGAGUCCACUUUCAUAAAAUACUUGAUGUAUUUUGUUUUGAGAACUCGGAAGUUUUCAUUUAGCCAAAAUGUUUUAAAGGAGUAUGAAGAAAGAAGAACUAUUGAGGAACUUUUCUUAAUUUUAGAGAUAAGCUACAACUGUAGAUAUUUUGAAUGUCAGUCAAGCUACAAGGUGUUGCUUGAUAUGUGAAUGAAUGUGAAUGCUUGUCUUUGAGUCAAGCCUUUGUUUUAAGCAUAUAAAAUGUUGGAAUGAAAUCAUUAUCUUUGUCGUCGUGUGUUGAACUACUUAUUACUGUUGAGUUUUUCCUUUUCAGCACUUGAGACACCUGGUGACCCAGCAGCUGUUCACUGUCCAGCUACGGACAAGGGUUCGAGUGACCAGCUUGGUCAUUCACUCCGUGGACAGGAGGUAACACUGGUCUUGAGUGUCAUUUUAGCAGCUGUAACUUAAGUUGAAACAGUAACUGGGACUGAAAUGAAAAGUUUUUUCUUAUAGCCUUAGCAGUGAUUUCUCAAGAAAAAUGACCAUGUCAUUGGGUGUUUUAUCAGUUUUUGACAAGAUUUUCUGAAUUGUGUAUAUCACUUACAAAUUUAGAAGGAAUCUUCAGGACGUUUGUGGCAACGUUCUUGAAUCUAAACAUAUCUGAAACCUUCGCCAAAUAGAACAUCGGUCAUGAAAUUUUGAUGCUGGUAUGGAUUUGUGGUAUCUCAAGCCAUUGUAAUUUAUAACCAUCAAAAGUAUCUUAGGAACUGAAUAUUAUUAAUUUUGAUAUGAACCAUAUUCCACGAUUGUUCAGCACCAUGUUGUAGACAAUCCCGAAGCCGUCAUUGAUUGUUGAAGCAAUGGCUAUUCAAAUAGCUCCAUCGUUUCUUGCCCUUUGAUACACAUGUAUGUUAAUACACUGUUACUAUUACCUAGUAUGUAUGGUUCUCAUAGGUGGUCAUCAAAUUUGUUAUUUGAAAAAUAACUUUUCAUUUCAAUCCUUUCAAAAUGCAGGCAUUGACUUCAAGUAUCAGAGGUUUUGACUUACCAAUGAUAUAAGUUGUGUUUUUGCAUAUAUCCCUGGUACUGGGUUUAAUCUAUCAAUAUUUGUUGCAGCGGUUUCCAACUACAGUGAACUGAACUGUGCUGGCUGACGGUGCCAAGAAAUGAGUAUUAUGGUAUUAUCAGUUGCCUAGCAACUUACCUUUUGUGUUGAAGAAAAGUUUUGAAGGAUUAUGUAUGACAAGAAUAAUCUUUAUUUCUCCGAUACAUGAGCAUGAUGAGCAAAUUUGAUUAAAUAUAUAUUUCAUUUUGCCAUUAUGUUAGGAAUGUACAAUAAUGUGUUGAUGGCUGAUAUUUACAUCUUGCAAGGUAAGAUAGAGGAAUGAAGACAAGACUCCUGGCGUUUGAGGGACUCCUCCAGGAUGCUGAUGUACUCCUGGAACUUGUCUCUAGCAGACUGGCCAGCGCUCACUGAAAAAUGGUAUAAACUGAGUUAAUACAUGCUACUUCUGCAGUCUCUAUUGUUUUCUCCGAGCUACAGAUACUCAAAACCCAAUUACUUUCAAUUACCUUGUGGACAGAAACUCAUGCAUUAAAUGAAAAACAGCACACAUAAAUACCCAAAUGAAGUUUUUUCAGCAUGCAUAUAACGAACACAAUUACGAGCUAACUUGCUUUCUGAGUGAAGCCUAUAUUGAGCACCAUAAUAUUCAUCUAAAUCAUUUUUAUAUAUAUUUUUUUAAAUCUCAAAAUACUUAUUCAUUUUGGAAAAAAAACUAGUGAUGAAUAGAUGAGUGAAAAAAUAUUGAUUACACAAUGAAAAAUGUAAUAAUCCAAUUAUAAUAGAAACCUUCCAGUAAAAAAUCAAUUGCUCAAAAUGUUAUCUGGGGUUAUCCAUGUUAAUGCUCUUUAUUAGCAGCUGGGGCCUGUUCCACAAUAGAAAUUUACUGCCAAGACAACAAGACGGAUACAUUAUGCCCUAGUAGUUGUGGCGUACAGUUCAACCACAUAUUGGCUAAUUCUCCCAACCCCCACCAAACAAAAGUAACAAAAAUUAUUAAGGGUCAUAUAUUUAUAUAUAAUCAUAUCCAAAUGACCCUGAAUCAAAAUCAAAAUAUAUUUUUGAAAUCGAUGAGAGAAUUCAAGCUGAUCCAGUGACACAAAAUGGAGCUUUGCGAAGUCCAUAUUGUCGAAAUAAAAGAAAUUUACAUUUUGAAGAGAAUAACAAAACAUAAGAAGUGAUAUUAACUCCAUAAAUGACAACCUGUCACCAUUUUGCCUUGUCAAUAUGGAACUAACAAAGAAAAGGGAAGUGAACAGUUUGUGCAAGGGCUAGACAAUUACGAUAAAGGGAGACAAUUUGCGUGGAGGUAACUCUUGUAUGACAAUAGUUCCAUCCACUGCACUGCAUUGAAAUAUGUUAACUGCAAUGAAAAAUAUCGCUUCAGGAAAACUCAGUCUUUCACAAUGAAGUAUAUAAUACAUUGGAAAACAAGUAUGGCCACAAGAGGCCAAUGGAAGAUCGACUGGUCACUCAUGCACAUUCCCUUAAUCAGAUUUGGUGUGUUGUCAAGUGUUUCUGAAUGCACAAGACAAAACUUUCUUUUUUUCUUUUUUCUUUUAGUUGAUUUGAAGGCUAUAUUUUAGGUGUGCUUACUUAGACUCUUGGUUUCAGUGACCAAUCAAAAGUAGUCCCCCACCCCUGGGUUAGAAAGUCUAACACUCAUAUUUAUAAUAAAGGUAGAUUUCCAACAAGGUAAGUAUGUUUUCUAGAAGUCAAAGAGACCCAUUUCUGCCCUGAACAUAGCUUGGAAUAAACAGUAAUGGUACCUAA